UUCUUUCUCCGAGCGAACACAAGAGGGGGAGAAAUAUCGGCUGUUGGAGGUGAGCUAUGGAGAGGGCAGCUUCUAUUCUCACGCGGGCAGCAGACUUGGAUAAGGCCCAUCGCUAUUCGGAGUCGCUCAUUUGCUAUCAAGAAGGGAUUCAGUUGUUGUUGGACGCGUUGAAAGACGUGAAAGAUGGAGCUGAGAAAACGAAACUACGUGCCAGAGCUGGACAGUAUGUGGAGAGAGCUGAGGCCGUCAAGUCUCUAGCACGCCAGGAAAAGGAAGCAACAGCACAGCAUCACCAAGUUGUCAUUGAGGAAGGAUCGGUGGGUCAUGACUAUCCUAAUGUCUUCAGCCGAGUCUUUCAAGGCAAGAAGCCCCUGUCGGUAGAGGUCGAUGAUGCGUAUGUCCGCUCCAAUCAUCAAAUUACCAACUUCCUCCGUUUCUGUGAGCUGCUGGUCCGCUUUGGUACCGUCACGACUAUUCGCUUGCAGACUGGUGUGGACGAUAGGGGAGAUGGCCAACAGCAGCAGCAUCUGCAAGCACUGGUCAAGGACCUGGCUACUCACCACAUUACGCUACAUAUAACCUAUUCGGACACGUUACAUGACCGCGAGAUAAGGUUUGACAAUGGAUGGGUUGUCAAGAUCGGAAGAGGACUUGACUACUUCAAGGCACCCAAGGGCCGAUUCAGCGUUGGGUUUUGUGACAUGAACCUGAGGGCCUGUCAUGCCACAACAAUUGACUUCUACUUCCGGCCGAAAUGAACGCAUCCAUAUAUCCAGCGGGUGUUGAGUCGCACGGGGCAGCCUGAGACAGGACAACAUCUGUUCACUAAUCUCUCUGGAACUAUGGUGUACCAUGUACUGUGUGUGCAGCAAGUACUGUGGGGUACAGUAUGUGUGCUGUAUGCUGUAUACUAAUACUAUGCAGCUCAGUGGACGCGUGGAUUCUAGCGAGUAGCCGGAUUUCUAAGCCUUGUGAAUGAAUCCACUGCCCUUCACCUCCACUAUCCUGGUUAUGCCUUCACUGCCUCUGCGCCAGGUAUUGAUGUACGUGUACGACGAGUACACACUGCACUGGACUAUUGCUUACAUGUAGUUCCUCGGGCGCAAAACGUCUUCCACGGUGACUUAGUCCCAGCCUGAGGUUGAGUACGGCUGAUGGAGUUGAAGGAAAAAGUAGGAAAGAGUAGCUAGAACUUGAUUUGACCUGACACUUCUUGCUGGCAGUGGUCUCUCACAGAUUCUUUAUUUUAUUCUUUUAUUCUUUUAUUGGAGACCAAGUAGCUUGAUUUGACCCUUCUUGCUGGCAAGAGGGGUCCGUCGCCGCGGUACACAGACAUGUACAGGUGUGUGUGUGUGUGUGUGUGUGUGUGUGUGUGUGUGUGUGUGUGUGUGUGUGUGUGUGUGUGUGUGUGUGUGUGUGUGUGUGUGUGUGUGUGUGUGUGUGUGUGUGUGUGUGUGUGUGUGUGUGUGUGUGUGUGUGUGUGUGUGUGUGUGUGUGUGUGUGUGUGUGUGUGUGUGUGUGUGUGUGUGUGUGUGUGUGUGUGUGUGUGUGUGUGUGUGUGUGUGUGUGUGUGUGUGUGUGUAUGCGUGUCUGUGAUAAACCUGCUGGAGUUGAACAACUGUGCUGUGAUUCGUGCUGAGUGUUCAUGAUCUACUACUACACUGGCAUUCACUGAGUGUUCACCUGCCAGGCUAAGUGCUUGAUUCCUUCUUCUUUUUAUUUUUAUUAACCCAGAUUAAGUACUUCAGCCCAACUUUCUUUUACCAACUUCAUCAUCACUCACUAUUCAGUAUUGACUCACGCUUAAAAAAAGAAUCAAUUUUGGAAUGGCGAAUACUUCAAGUACUAAAAUUCAAAAUUGCAUACUAGUAAUUUACUACAAGUUGUACUUGUAAGUAGAGGCAUCGUACACUCUGCUUGCUCA